CACGUGGCAUAAGGAGACCCAUUCGGGAAAGAAACGGAAUCUGAGGCUAAAGAUUCUGAAUCAAAACCUCGUCUUCCCCAAACUCUCUCCCCUUAAACCCUAGAAAUCUCACACAGCGCCGGGAUCCAUGAUUUACAACUACUGUUUACACAAGCUGAUUUCAUUCAUGAGAAUAAAAUGCUAAUUACAACCAUUCGAAAACCAUGGCAAGAUUUUUGACUUCUCAAUAUAUCAAGAGAGUUUAUACAAAUUCAGGGAACAAUGGGACAACUUCCAUAGGGCUAAAUAUUCCCAGAUACAAAUUGUACUCACAAUACAGAUGUUCUGAUAGAGUUCAUGCUUCAUUGCCACUGUAUAACAGCACCAAGACUAGUUUUUCCAGGAAUUUCUCAGUGUUUUCAGCCCAAAUUGCAUGGAAAAGGCUUUCUCAAAACUGUUAUUCCAAUAAUGCUACUACUAUUUCCUCCAUAAAUAGGAUUGCUCAAGCUAUCAGCUUAGCGAUAACUCGGUCUCAUCCCAUUGUUCCUGGUAUUUUCGCCUUCACUUGUGGACAGGUAGCAUGGGCAGAGAGAUCAUUCAUGGAAGUAGAACACCACCACCACCACACAUCAAAGAAUUCUUUUUAUAUGUAUGCACAAGAUGGGCAUGCUUACAUAACCUCAUUACUUUGGUCAAUUUUAGAAGGAGUAAUGUUGUUUAUAAGAGCUCUCUAUUUAUCGAUUUUGUUCACACCUAGUGUAAUGAUGGCACCUUUUGCGGAUAGUUUUGGAGUUCAGUUCAGGAAAACUUGGCUUCUGGUGGUUCAUCGUACCUUGGAGAAAGCAGGGCCAGCAUUCAUCAAAUGGGGUCAAUGGGCUGCUACACGGCCUGAUCUUUUCCCUCGGGAUUUAUGCAACCAGCUUUCUGAGCUUCAUACAAAAGCGCCUGAACAUAGUUUUGAGUAUACAAAGAAAAGUAUUGAAAGAGCAUUUGGCCGCAAAUUAUCUGAAAUAUUUGAGAAUUUUGAAGAGACGCCCGUGGCAUCUGGAAGUAUUGCUCAGGUGCAUCGAGCUUCUUUGAGGUUUCGUUACCCUGGUCAAAAGGUUAAGCCAAUGACGGUUGCUGUGAAAGUCAGGCAUCCUGGUGUUGGUGACUUAAUUAAGAGAGAUUUUAUGAUAAUAAAUUUUGUAGCAAAAGCUUCUAAUUUCAUUCCUACAUUGAAAUGGUUAAGACUGGAUGAAAGUGUACAGCAGUUUGCGGUUUUCAUGAUGUCCCAAGUUGAUCUCGCGAGAGAAGCUGCUCACUUGAGCCGAUUUAUAUACAAUUUCCGCCAAUGGAAGGAUGUUUCAUUCCCUAAGCCUGUCUAUCCGCUUGUGCACCCUGCUGUUCUGGUGGAAACUUUUGAGCAAGGGGAGUGUGUUUCACACUAUGUUGAUGAACUCGAAGGCCAUACUCGAAUCAAAUCAGCACUUGCUCACAUUGGCACAAAUGCACUCCUAAAGAUGCUCCUGGUGGACAACUUUAUACAUGCAGAUAUGCAUCCGGGAAAUAUCCUUGUUCGGGUAGGUCAGAGCGAUUCUCCUCGAAAACGGCUUUUGAAAUCUAAACCUCAUGUCGUAUUCCUCGAUGUAGGCAUGACUGCUGAACUAUCUGGAAGUGACAGAGUAAAUUUACUAGAAUUUUUCAAAGCCGUUGCUCGUCGGGAUGGUCGCACAGCUGCUGAGAGCACAUUGAGGCUAUCUAAACAACAAAAGUGCCCAAAUCCAAAGGCAUUCAUUAAGGAUGUGGAGGAAUCAUUCACAUUUUGGGGUACACCAGAAGGUGAGCAUGUACAUCCUGUUGAGUGCAUACAACAAUUGCUUGAAAAAGUUAGGCGUCAUAGAGUCAACAUCGAUGGCAAUGUCUGUACCGUUAUGGUAACAACAUUGGUUCUUGAGGGUUGGCAAUGUAAACUUGAUCCUGGCUACAAUGUUAUGGAUACUCUGCAAACUUUGCUCUACAAAGCUGAUUGGGCUAAGUCUCUUUCUUACACAAUUGAGGGGUUGAUAGCCCCAUGAGAAGAAAACCUAAGUUGUUACAAACAAUUUUGACACUUGUAAAAAUAAAACAAAUAAAAAAAAUCACACACCUAGUUGUUAUUUGACAUUAGUCAUAUUAAUCCUAACACAAUUUUAAGAGAGAUAUAUAAUAUACACAUUUUUACAUGACCCAAAAAAGCAAAAGUGUUUAUGGAUGAGAUGUCAUACUUUAAUGCUUUCUUGAUUUUUUGAUAGCUUUUAUGUUUGGCUUGAGGGUGUCAAGCAAAUUUAUCAACAACUUAAUUUUAGAGAAAAUAAAAAAAAAAAUCACAUUUUUAUGAUUUUA